AUGAGGAAAUUUGAUCAUUGGAAAGAUAUAGGGUAUAAUCCAGACUGGAUUAAAUUUCGUCGAAGAAUAUGUAAAGAAGACUUUAGUGGAAUACUAUCUGUCCUUAUAUUGGGUCCAAAGAAUAGUGGAAAGACUACAUAUUUACUUUCCAUAAUACAGUGUAUUUUAAGAUAUCGCAAAGAUAACCCAUCUGUAUAUGUCUUAGAUUGUGAUUUAGGUCAACCACUUAUAGCACCUAUAGCUUGCCUAAAGCUAGUUAAAUGGGACUACUAUACUACACCUAUUAAUAUAAGCAAUCAGUUUCUUCUACCUGAAUUGAUGUUCUUUAUUGGAGGAAAUAGUCCUAUUGUUAAUCCAAUAAGAUAUUUAGAAGGUAUAAAACAUUGCAUAGAAUAUAUGAGGCAAUUAUCUCAAGAGAAUAAUGCUAUUUUACUUAUAAAUAUGCCAGGAUGGGUUACGGGAAUAGGUCUUGAAAUUGCUUCAAUUAUUACUGCAUUAUGUGUUUCUAUUUCAACAAAAGUCCAUGUGGGUUUUACAAAAUCCUUUGUAGAUACUAUAAAUAAUGAGGAUUCAACUUUAAGACAAAGUGAUAAUAUGCAUCUAGUGACAGCUAGUUUCCUAUCAUACCCCUCAAUAAAUUUAUCUAUAUUUAAGAAUAAGACAGAGAUAUUUUAUGUACAGAAUAUUUUUGAAACUAAAGUAAUUAUAGAAAAAUUAGAAGAUAUAUCUGAUUUUAUUAAUAAACCAUCAAUUUACAUUAAAUCUAAUAAAAAAUCAAAUAUAAUGGAUGAAUUUGCUAAUUAUAUUGGAUAUACUCUUUUAGAAAAUAAUGUGACACUUUUUGGUGGGAAGACUCUUUCAUUACCAUUUGAUUUUACUUUCGUUAUUCCAGCUCCAAAUACUUCUAUAAUGGAUAGUGAUAGUUCCCUUCAUAUACCUUAUCGACUUACAAAUGCAAUUGUAGCAUUGUGUAUAUGUAGGGAGACAGAAUUCUUGACUAAUUCAAAGAUAUCUAAAGAAGUUUCUCAAUUAAUAAUACUCCAUUCUUCUGUUUUGUAUCCAUGUAUUGGAUUGGGAAUUGUUCAUCAUCUAGAUUAUUCAAACAAAUAUAUAGUAAUUCAAAUACCAAAUUGGAUAUCUGAUUAUAUCCUAAAUGAAGUUAAUAUUGUUCAAUUGACAGAAAUGAUGAUACCUUUGAAUUCUGCAAAUUAUACUCAUAAACCUUACUUGUGCCCAAGAAAUAAUAUAAUUAGUGGAAUGGUUUCAGGCUCGAAGGUUCCAAUAAAUAGGAGAAAUGUCAAACGCAAAAUCCUUAAAAGAUCAAGCCACUAG